AUGGGAAUGGGAAGGCAUCAGAAAUCUGUAGCUUCUGGUGUUUCAGCGAGAUGGGUUUUCCUUCUCUGCAUUUCUAGCUUCUUCCUCGGUGUUCUUCUCGUUAACAGGAUAUUGGCAACUUCAGAGACAAGAGAUGGCAAUGGGAGAGAUUCGUCUAAGCAGAAUGAUCAAGCUAGUUCACUUCAUCCUCUUGUUGAUUGCCAGAGCAAGGAAGGAGACAUUCUUUCGCGAGUUUCGCAUACUCAUGAUGUUAUCAAGACAUUAGACAAGACAAUUUCGUCGCUUGAAGUAGAGUUAGCCACGGCUCGAGCAGCAAGAUCUGAAGGUGGAGAUGGAUCUCCAUCUGUUGCAAAAUCAGUAGCAGACCGAUCGAAGGAACGGCCUAAGAUGUUCUUUGUGAUGGGAAUCAUGACUGCUUUCAGUAGCAGAAAACGAAGAGACUCGAUAAGAGGAACUUGGCUUCCUAAAGGGGAUGGAUUGAAAAGAUUAGAGAUAGAGAAAGGAAUCAUUAUGCGAUUUGUCAUAGGUCACAGUUCUUCUCCUGGGGGAGUCUUGGAUCACACCAUUGAAGCAGAAGAAGAACAACACAAAGACUUCUUUCGUCUGAAUCACAUAGAAGGAUAUCAUGAAUUAUCGUCUAAAACCCAAAUAUACUUCUCAUCUGCUGUUGCAAAAUGGGAUGCAGACUUCUACAUCAAAGUGGAUGAUGAUGUUCACGUAAAUCUCGGAAUGCUUGGUUCUACAUUGGCUCGCCACAGAUCAAAACCACGGGUGUACAUUGGUUGCAUGAAGUCUGGACCUGUCUUAGCUCAAAGAGGGGUCAAAUACCAUGAGCCUGAAUUUUGGAAGUUUGGUGAAGAAGGAAACAAGUACUUCAGACAUGCGACUGGACAAAUCUAUGCCAUCUCCAAAGAUUUAGCAACUUAUAUCUCAGUAAACCGGCAACUACUUCAUAAAUAUGCAAAUGAAGAUGUCUCUUUAGGAUCUUGGUUCAUUGGUCUCGAUGUUGAACAUAUCGAUGAUAGAAGUCUAUGUUGCGGAACACCCAUGGAUUGUGAAUGGAAGGGUCAAGCAGGAAACCCAUGUGCAGCAUCGUUCGAUUGGAGCUGUAGCGGAAUCUGCAAAUCGGUAGAUAGAAUGCUGGAAGUACAUCAACGAUGCGGAGAAGAUGAAGGAGCAAUAUGGCACACAAGUUUCUAA